CUUAUCCCGAUAGGGAAUGGUUAUGGGGUUGGCAUUAAACAACAUAAUCUUGGGGGAAAUAAAAAGGAGGUCUUCACGUCUUGGUCGUGACUAGCGGAGGCUGGCGCUAUUUCCUUGACUGCUAUCUGGCCUUUGCUUGUAAAAUGACCGUUAUCUCGCAAGCAAGCAAGGAGACAGUCUAUGAGACAUGUUUGGUGUCGUGAGGAAUCUCGGUCGAUCAUGAUCAACAAACAACGUCUACGGAGUCGUACACUAUGUUACCACGGUAUCCACGAUCGUCACUGUCAGAUACAAUCCUGUCCCGUGCUACUUAUACUAUCCCUUUCGAUUCAGGGAGUUCAGGGAGCAACAACCACCACAUACAAGUUCUUCUACUACUUUGCAGUGACGCUCCCUUACACCCUCCAGUGACAAGACAGCCCAAUUCAAAUCCGUAAUAUUAAAAAAU